ACCGGUGAUUUGCUUAGCUUCUUCAAACACGCUACUUUAUUAAAGUGAAUAUUUCGAAAAUUUGUGUAUUUAAGAUGAAGUCUUGCAAUUUGUGUAAACAUAAAUAUGACAAACUAUUCAAACCUGAUGAAAAACUGCUGGACAUAAAAUUGGGCAGCGUAAUAAAUAUUAUAUUUGGUGACCAUCAAGUUGAAGUCUCGCCGAACUUUCUUAUCUGCACUGAAUGUGCAUUGGCGCUUAUACAAACCGAGAUAGUUUUAAAACGUCUUUCAAGCGCCUUGACUAAUAACAAAAUAAUUCCGAAUGUCGGGCUAAAUAAUUCAAAAUGUACCGCGAAGAAUAAGAACAGCGAUGAAGUGGAAAACCACGAUAAAGAAGAUUUAGAUAAAUCAAGUAAAGAAGUACCCGAUGCAGAUGCACCUAAUUUGGAUAACACUUUGAUUGGCUGGAAAUUUUGUUGUAUCCACUGUGAAUAUACAACAGAGGAACCAACAACAUACAAAAAUCACUUAAUAUCGAAACAUGAGGUGGAUAAUCCACGUAUUUACCAGUGCCCUCAUUGCACGGUGACAUAUAAACGUGCGAAUGCAAUACAAAAACACAUUAAUUCCGCACAUGGCCAAAAGCCAGUCCCGAAGCGCCGUGAAACAAUUGCUGAUGUUACUCCGAUAUUGUUGAGCAGCACCACUAUUCACAGUCAAGUGAAUAAUGAUGCUUCAGAAGCUAACAAGACAUGUGAUGGUAACCAAGGAAAUGGUGAAAAUUUGCCUUAUGAAUUUGAUUGCACCCAUUGCAAAUAUAAAACAAUGCAUGCAACAUGGUUCAAAAAACACUUGCAAUCCAAACACCAAGACGAAGAUGCCAGGAUAUAUAAGUGCAAGCAAUGCCAUAGUACAUACGUCCGACAAUUUGCACUGAUAAACCAUAUUGCUUAUGAACAUGAACAUAAACCGCGCCCCAAACCUCAGCGACGCAAGUCUUUAGCUACAGUCUUUGAACUUGACGCCACAGGUGAUAAAGAAUUAUUGCUGUCAAAUAUUAAAUUCCAAACAGAAGAACAUAAUGGUGACGAAGUAAAUGGUGAAAUUGAUAAUAAUAAUCCAAAUAAUCAAAACGGAGAUAUAUCGGUUAAUAAAACUGAUGAUGAACAGCAAAACAAAGAAGAACUCACAUUCCAAGCACCUAAAACAACCAGUCAUAACCAAUUAAAUUCAAAUGAAAUGCCUAAACCAGAAUGGAUUUUCCAGUGUUCGUAUUGUGAGUUUGAAAGCGGGAAAAGGAAAAAAUACAAAACGCAUUUAAAAACUCAACAUGGCGACAUAAGCGAUAGCGAUAUUUAUAAAUGUCUUUAUUGUCCCGCAUCAUUUGAGCGCUAUAGUUUGUUACAGAGUCACGUACCAAAUAAGCAUAGCAUUGAUUUAACGGAAUUGAGUGAUACCCAGGCUCUAGACUCUAGUCAAGACCACUUGCAGGUACGCACUACAAAGAAACGAAAAAUCGAAGAAACUCCAAUUGAAUCAAACGAGUCUGGGCAUACAAAAUCCACUCAGGACGAGCGGGCGAGUAAACGGAAAAAAAUUGAAGAGAAGGAUCAGCAAAAAGAAUCUUGCAUUCUAUGUGAGAAAACAUUUUCAACAGUCGAUAAGUUACGUACUCACGUGGACAAAUAUCACGAUGGUGAGGCGCAAUUCCGUUCCAUAGAAAAGAAAGAAGCUCACCUAAUCGGUGAAAAAUCUUUGGACACAAAGUUAGCAUGCCCACAUCCAAGCUGCUCGAAGCGCUUUCGCAGUUACUCGAAAAUGCAGCAACAUGUGCUCGAUAAACAUGCUGAUUUACUAAGCUGAAACAGUAAGAUUGGCUGAAGGUUUUUGUUUUGAAAGGCCGUCUAAUAUCUUCGUAUCGAAUACGAGUGCGUGAACUGGGUGGAUGUUUUUGGCUCUAGUACUUUAUUUUUAUAUUAUUUUAAAUCAAACAAUCCAUUUAUAAAAUUAUUCUAUCUUCAAGUUGAAGUGUAAUGGUGUGUGCUUUGCAGGUUUUCUGUUUUAGCAAACUAUUUAAUUUAGACUUCCGACAUUUCGAAGAAAGGUGAAACCGUACGGUGUGCGAAACUGCCCAUCGAUAUCAUAGCACAUUAAAAAAAAUUAAAAGCGCGCUCGACGUAAGAGAAACUAUAAAAGUUGUUAAAUAAUUACAACAACGAUUUUGGUUUCUUGAAUGAUUAAUGUCGCGAAACAAGUGGAAUAAUCAUAAAUACAUAUGUAUGUACAGUGGUGGAAAAAAAAUAGACUCUUAGCCUUGAAAUGCAUUUGAUCGUUCAUAUCCCCAAUAUUGUUGCACAAUUGUUUAAUAAUUUUGUACAGGUUUCUUCGUUCAAAUCUAGUGCUCUCAACAACAACAAAAAUAUUAAUCUUUCCAUUAAAAAAUAAGAGAAAACACGACUCUUGCUCAUAGAGUACCUAAACAGGCUGGCAAAAAAAUAGACUUUUUUUCAUUUUAUUUUAAAUUUUUUUCAAAUAACAGCUAUUUCACUAAAAAAAGGAUACAAAACUUUAAAUACGCAUUAAUAAUUAAUGGUUGAACCUCGAUUUUGGACUACAGCAGCGCACCUUCGGGGCAUCGAGUCCACGAGCCUCUCACACUGUUCCUUUGGAAUUGUUUGCCAAAUCUGUAACACUUUUCUCCAUAGAUCCAUUUUAUUCGUAGCUUUUGGCAUUUUAGAAAGCUCUCGCUUCACUAUUCCCCAUAAAUUUUCAAUUGGGUUGAGAUCUGGGCUCUGCGAGGGCCAUUCCAGUACCCGAAUACCUUCAUUACGCAGCCAAGUUUUUGUUACAGUUGCAGGGUGCUUCGGAUCAUUGUCUUGUUGAAACCGCCAAAUUAUCGGCAUCUCCUCUGAAGCAUAAGGCAUCAUAACAUUUUGUAAAAUAUCCAAGUAUUUUGCCGAAUCCAUUAUACCAUCGAUUCCGUACAAUGGCCCAACACCAUAGUAUGAGAAACAGCCCCAUACCAUUAUACUUCCGCCUCCGUGUUUCACCGUUUUUUUUGUAUACCGUGCUGUCAGUUCUUUGCCUGGAGGUCUGUGGACAUAAGUGCGACCAUCGCUGCUAAAAAGAUUCAUUUUGCUUUCAUCAGACCAUAGUAUAUUUCUCCAAUUUUUGCUAGGCUCAUUUAAAUGCUCUUUGGCAAAAGACAUUCUCUUUUGGAUAUUGUUUUUACUUAAAAGUGGAACAUUUUUCGCUAUGCGCCCUGGUAAAUUUGCUAAUUCCAAACAAUAACGAACGGUUCGCGAACUGAUAGGCAGGUUCAACGUGUUUUUAAUUGCAUUGGAUGUGGCAAAGGGCUGCGCCUUCGAUAUUCGGAUCAUAGCGCGGUCUUCUAGUAUGGUCGUCUUCCGUGGUCUUCCCCGUUUUUCGGCAAUAUUUUUGAUGGUAUAACCUUUUUUCCGAAGAUUUUCUAUGAUUUUUUUUUCACUUUCAGUACAAUGUGCGCGGCGACCCAUUUUACAAACUUUCAAUUCAAAAGCACGUUAGUGAAUAAUUAUUCAUGACAAUACUGGACUAGCUGAUUUCUUUGAUUUGAAAAAUUUUAAGUGGAAAUUAACUGAGCUUUUCCCAUUUAAACUGUUAUGAGUCUAUUUUAUUUGCCAACCUAUUUAGGUAGCAGGAGCAUGGAUGGUGUUUUCUCUUUUUUUAUGAUGGGAAGGUAAAUAAUUUUGUUGUUGUUGAGAGCAGUAUAUUGAAACAAAAAAACGUGUGCAAGAUCGGUAUUUAAUAUUGCAAUAAUAUUUAAGAUAUGAACGAUGAAAUGCAUAUCAAAGGUAAGAGUCUAUUUUUUUUCCACCACUGUAUAUGUAUAUACAUAUUUCGCAAUAAAAUAAAAAAAGGCAAUACGGUAAUGCUUAAAAAUUUUCUUAAAAUAAAUUUGUUAAAUGAAGUUAAAAAGUAAAAAUUUUUUCAGAAAUUUUAAUAAAUAUAUUUUAUUAAAAAUUCUCCAGAUUCAAGCAUACGUAUGUAUGCAGUUAAAAAUUCCGCAAGUGAUUAUAUAAAAAAUAACAACCAACAUGUUUUAUAAUUUACAAACUUGAUUUGCGUCUGUUUUACACUUAAUUGGUUUUGUGCAGAUAUAUUAAGUAUAGGCUAACUAAAAUUGAAAGAGCCUUUACCCAGUUUGAUCGCAAUAUAUUUUAUUUUUAUUACGAAGAACUAGUUUUAUUUUACGGUAAAUGAUACUUCAGAUAUAUGUACAUUUCCCAUCCACAUAAUAAUACAAUAAUAAAUAUGUUCAACAAAAAGAAUGCAACUAUAGAUACAAAUCAUCUUUACAAUGCCUUUUUCUAAGAAGUAAUUGGUAAUGCCUUUAUGUAAAAACAAAAAAAAAAUUCAGGCAAUUCGUAUAUUAGCACACAACGAAAACUCCACAAUGGCAAUAAACAUGCCAAACUUUUUAUUGUAAAAUGAAAUGAUGUGCAAACCUUCCUCAACAAAAAAUUAUACUUAAGGUUUACAACAUCGGAAAAAGUCAUGGAAGAGCGAAAAAUAACAAACAAAAAAAAACAACUUUUAGAAGAUUGCCAAAAA